AUGGAUAAUCCUAGGGUAAAAUAUCUGGAAGAACUGAUACUGGCGUUAAAAUCAGCAGGAACUGUAGGAAAUGGUAUAGAGUUAGAUAGCACUUUGCAAUUAGAUGAAAAGAAUGGGAAAUUACUACAGACAUUGUUGAAGAAUACGCAAUCUACGAAUACGGAUGAGGUGAUCUUUCACAAAUCCUUUCAAGCACUUGAUUUAUUUCUGCGAUGCAACCAACACCUUUUCUCAGCCAAUGUUAAAGAGAUUACUAUGAUCGAGGUUAUUUUAAACAAUAUGGUUAGUUGUUCGCUAAUGCAUUGGUCCAAUAUGCAAUAUAUUUGGCUUAUAAACAAAUACGUGAGUGCAUGGUUAAAAGCGUACUCUUUUGCAUCGACCUCCAAUUUACAGAUUUGGUUCACUGAACAAAUGGUUCAGUAUGAAAAGUUACUAGUAACAUGUCUGAGAGGUAAGCUAGAGAAGCCGACGUUUCAUUCCCUCUUGAAAAAAAUAGUGAUAGUGAACGGUUGGAUUAUGAGGGAUGGACUACUUCGAAAUUACAGCUAUAGAAGAUGGCAAAGUCAGUUUCAGAAAUUGAUGCGAUUGCUAGCCUUUGUUUUGAAAUCAACUAACGAACCAAGUGUCGAAGUUGCGAGCAUCUUGCAAUUACUUGUUCGUUACAUCUCUUUAUCUAAAGAGUCAUUGUCAAUAUUCAGAUUCUCGUUUGACCUCAUACAAACUUUAAUUAAAGAUCAUCAUCAGCAUAUCUCUCCGACCAUUUUAGCCAAGACUUUGUUACGGACUUUGUACCUUUGUAUCCAUGACGAAUCAAAGUUGGCAGAGAUCAAGAAUACAUUCGAAUUACAUGAAUGGAUCAACACGAAUAAGAAUGCUGAUCCCCUGUUUAUUAGAUCGAUAAAAUACGUUUCAGUGAAACUAGGGUUCCUGGAAUCGAUGGAAGAGUUUACAUUCUCUAAUAAGCAAUUGCAUUGGCUUCAUCAAGCCAUAGAAAAUCCGAAGCUACGUCUAGUCUCUGGGAAUGUUCGAAAUUGUAUAGCUGAUAGUGCUGAUAUAAGAUCUUUCUACGAUAAGGUGAAAGAAUCAUUACUAAACACGAUAAAGGAUGGUGACACCGCAAAAUUGACACAUUCGAUGCAUUCCAUCAGACAAUUGGCUAUAAAAGAAAAGUUUGUCAAUAACAAUCUUGUAAGAUCUCCACAGGUGGAAUUCAAUGCCUCUCAAAAUAUGAGGCUAUCAUCUUUAAACUUGGUUCCAUUGCACAAGUCUUUGGCAUUUCAAUUAUUGGCCAAGCACGUUAUAAAAAGCAUACCCAUUACAGAUAUGCCAGAAGCCAUGCUCACCGGUGUUGUCCUUAUUUUGAUAGAAGUAUUUUCUCGAUUUGAACCUCCAAAACUUGAAGAGACUUCAGACUUAAUUCAACAAAGUGAUGGUUACGGUUGUUUACAGGUCUUUCAAAGAGCAUCUAAUAGCAGAUCAAGGUUUUUACGCCUUCUAUCUGUUCGCCUUCUUCCCUAUUUUGCUAGCCUUGGCUCAAAGUAUGAAGACAUCAACCUGAAAUUCCUAAUAAUAUUUCUUCAGAAGCCUAAGGCCCCAUAUUUGACGGAAACUUUACAUAUGAGUUGGAUUAACCUAAUCAUUAAUUGUAAUAGUGAAUACUUCGAUGAUUUGCUUUUGAAAUUGAUAGAUCUUUUUAAUUCGAGUGACUUCGCAGAGCACACAAUGAUGGCGGCACAAUUACGGUAUCUCUCUAAAAUUCAAGGGAAAUCUCCGUACCAAUUAUUAUCGCCAAUUUUGCCUGUUUUAUUCAAAAAGAUGGGUAGAAGCUUGGUUGAGAAGAAACUAGGUCUACAGAGAAUUGUUCAACUUGUUGAUUAUCCUGCAAAGACUCUACUGGAGAACUUUCAAAGAUAUGUUGUCCCUUCUGCUUUAGGUCAAUAUAAGAGCGAUGUUAUCACUGAGGUAGCUCGUAUCAUGUCCGGUAAUGACAAAUCUCUCGUAGAGGAAAAGAAGUUAAAGCUUUUAGACAGGAACAGUAGACAGAUAUUUGCAGUAGCAUUAGUGAAACAUGGAUUUUUUUCAAUCGAAACCAUUCAAACCCUUUUUCUAAAUACGGCGCCAAAAUUUAGAAAGAAUUAUAUUACCUUAUAUUUGCCUGAUUACAAGACAUUAGCAGAAGUUUUAAAGAUGAGCAAACAAAUAUUAACAUUAGACGGUCAAAUUACAGAAACGGAAAGGUGCGUUCUCUCUUCAUUAAGAUUUCUUCUUAUAACAAACUUCUCAAAAGAUAAAAGACGAGGCACUAGAUUUAAGAAUAUAGAAGAUUGGAACGAAGAAAUGGAAGAACAAUUUCAGCAGAAACUUGAGCAAAAUGUGUUAGGUAUAUUCCAAGUUUUUUCGAAUGAUAUGCAUGAUUCGGAUGGUAAAACUUCUUAUUAUGAAAAACUACGAGUACUGAAUGGUAUAAGUUUUUUGAUGAAAUAUGCUUCCAAGAAAUCUAUUAUAUCUGCACUUGCUCAGCUGAGUAUAUGUUUACAAACAGGGUCGGAGAUACCAGAAAUCCAACAUAAUACACUCGAAUGCUGGCAUUUGCUGAUAAAACUUUUGAAUGAGGAGCAAAUAACAGCCAUAAUCAAUGAUCUGUUCUGCUUGAUCUUACAGAAAUGGUCAACAUUUAGUUCUUCUUGCAAGCUAGAAUGCCAAGCGAUUUUUGAUACGUUGCUGAAAGAUAGACAAAAGUUGGUACUUGAAGGAAGGCCAUUCAUACUUCUCGCAUUUUUAAAUAACCCAGAAUUUCAGGUCCUAGAGAGACAUCCCACUGUUGCUCGUAAGGUUUUGAAGGUUAUUUCAACUACCAACUGGCUCAAGGUUUUCACAGAAAAUCUCGGAAGUAACAAUAGAUAUGUCAUUUUGCAAACCCUGCUUGAGUUGGAAAAGUAUUUCAGCACAACCAUUCACAGAAAACAUGUCGACGUUGUAACAAAACAUGACGAUUCGUCGCACCUGUCCACGUUAUUGGGGGCAUUGCUUGAUUCCACUUACAAAUUUAGAAAUAGAGAUCUCAAAAUUUGUCAAAUAGCAGCAUCAUGUAUUAGCCUGAUAGGACUAUUAGAUGUUACCAAGCAUGCUCUACCCAGGAAUACUAAUCUAUCUGAAGAAAUUUGUGACUUUAAUAAUCAUUCCCAAACAGUCAAAUUUUUAAUCAGUAUUGUAAACAACAUUUUAGUACCCGCAUUCUGGCAAAGUGAAAACCCCACAAAACAACUAUUCGUUGCAUUGGUGAUGCAAGAAUCUCUGAAGUAUUGUGGGCUCAGUUCAGUUAAUUGGGAUAUUAACAGACCCGAUGAUUAUCCUGUAGAAGCUAAAUUAUGGUCCAGGUUUAAUGAUAUCUCUAAGACCACUUUGUUUCCAUUACUAUCGUCGCUCUAUCUUGCCCAGUCGUGGAAAGAAUAUGUUCCCUUGAGUUAUCCUUCGUUUAAAGUGAAAGAUGGCUACCAAGUGUGGAUACGCAACCUUACUUUGGACUUGCUUAAGAUAGGUACAGAGGAAGAUCAUCCGCUUCACGUUUUUUCUUCUUUGAUCAGAGAAGAUGAUGGUACAUUAUCAAAUUUCUUACUGCCAUUCAUCACGAUGGAUAUCAUUCUCAGAGCCAAUAAACAUAACGAGUAUUCGAAAAUCAUCGAAAAUCUCUCCAUAGAGUUCGAGUUCAUUUUCAAUUUCGAUCUUCAGCAACUAAAUCACUUUCAGAUAGACUCGCUCAAGAUGGCUUACAAUACCAUUUUCAGGGUUUAUGAAUACUGUAAAAAAUGGGUUAGUAGUUUCAAGCAAGACUAUCAAGCAGCCAACGGAACUUACAUGAUUCAGGAGGAUAAAGUUUUGCAAGUUUUGGACCGAACUGAGAGAUUCGUAAACACAAUACCGUCAGACACCCUCGCCAAGAAAUCGUUGGAAACAGAUUCCUUUGAACGCUCAGCGCUUUACCUUGAGCAAAGUUAUAGAGAACACGGAACCUCGUCUUUGGCGUCCACCGACUUAUUGCAAUGUAUUCAGAACACAUAUGCCGAAAUUGGGGAUGUAGACGCUGUAGGUGGUGUGCUAAAGAUGUUUUCUACUGGGAAUUUAACCACAAAAAUAGAAGAACUGCAAUAUUCAAAAAACUGGAAAAUGGCUCAAGACUGUUUUGAAGCUCUUGGUGAUUUUAAGCUAUCAGCUAAUUCUACCACUAGUUCAGAACUGGUUAAGUCAUCAAAUAUGAAAAUGUUAAAGUCAAUGUAUAGCCAUCAACUAUACGAAGAACUAUUGAUGAAGGUUAAAGUGCAUCUUCCUGAGACGAAGGGAUUCUUGGUCGAUAAUGACGGAGAUUUGUUGAAUAUGGGUAUUGAAGCUGUCAGUCAAACUGGUAACAUUGUUGAGUUAACGAGGUGGAUUGAAAGAGUGGAGCACAUUCAAAUGUUUAACGAUCCCUCAUUACUUUUGCAUUAUAAUAUUGCCAAGGUUUUGCAAGCUGUUAGUAGAAAUCAGCAGCAAAAUGUGGAGCGCUAUAUAAACAAAUGUUUCACUCUUAUUGGAGCCCAAUUUACCAUUCCAUCUACUAGCACAACUUUGUUGAAGAAUCGAGAAGUUUUGCAAAAGCUUCACGCACUUACAGAUAUCAAACUGCUGUGCAGCGCACAUACUCAGUCUGAAUUUUCAAAUGCUUCGAAAGCAUUAGAUGGUAGGCUGUCGCACGUAGGUUCGGAUUUUUCUCCAAAUCAUUAUCUUUUGUCAAUAAGGAAAACUGUAGAAAUUAUUUCAAAGAAUCAGCAUCUACAGAAUGACAUUUCGAAUGUGUAUUUCCAACUUUCUCAGCUUGAUCGUAAAGAAAAUCGUCUUGAUUUGGCAGCAGAAGAUUUGAUGAAUGCUUUGAAAUAUAACCACCAUUCCGCGGAGCUUGAGUUUGCAGAAAUUUUAUGGAAACAAGGUGAAAAAGAUAUGGCCUUGAAAACUGUUGCAGAGAUAACAAAACGAUUUAAAGAUGAUCCUUCUACUGCUUCCUCCGAAAAUCAAGAUUUCAAGGAAGUGCUAUUGAAGUAUACGGAGUGGUUGGAUUUGUCUAAUAGCUCGGUUUCUGAGCAAAUUAUCAAGCAAUACAACGAGCUUAUUCGUUUUGAUAAAAAUUGGGACGCUCCAUUUUACUCUAUGGGUUUGUAUUACAGUAAGCUUCUGGAGAAGAAAAAGGCUGAAGGAUAUGUUUCUGAUGGCUCAUUAGAAUAUAGAUCAAUCACAAACUUUUUGACCUCUUUCGAGAAAGGCUCUCCCAACAUAAGACAAUCCUUGCCAAAAGUUGUCACACUUUGGUUAGACACAGCUAAAAACGACGUGAAUAAUAGCAUUUCUGAUGUUAGUAAUUAUUCUUCAAGAAUCUGCAACAAAAUCGAUACGGCAGUCAAAAAUUGCGGUAUACAUAUAUGGUAUACCGUUUUAACUCAACUUCUCUCCAGGUUAAUGCAUCCUCAUACCGCGACAAUACACACCAUUGUUAACAUAUUAUUUCAUAUGACGUUGGAAUAUCCUUCAGUGAUGCUAUGGUAUAUAUCGAUUUUGUUGAACUCAGAAAGCCUGGAAAGAAGGAAUAUAGGGAAACAAAUAGUUGAAGCAUUCCAGAAAAAAAACCCAAGGACUAAAUUACCAGGAACAGCGAUAUCAUUGGUGCAGUCAUUGACCAGGGUAUGUAUAAAAGACGUUAAGAAUACUGCUAGCAGAUCAGGGAGAUCAAUAGAUAGUGAUUUCAAAUUUAAUCUAGAACUCGCGCCAAAUGACAUGUGUGUGCCCGUCAACAUUAAUUUAAAGAAGCUUUUACCAUCCACAGCUACGAGCAUGAACUCAGAUCUAUUCAAAAGUGUCAUGGUUUCCAUCGCCAGAUUUUCAUCCCAGUACAUGGUAUUUAACAGUUUGAAAAAACCGAAAAAGCUCACUGUGAUCGGCUCUGAUGGAAAUAUUUACGGCAUCAUGUGCAAAAAAGAGGAUGUCAGACAGGAUAAUCAAUAUAUGCAGUUUGCCAACACAAUGAGUUUCCUGUUGAGUAAAGAUGUCGAGUCUAGAAAACGAAAUUUAGGAAUAACUACUUAUGGUGUUCUCUCUUUACGUGAAGAUUGUGGACUAUUAGAAAUAGUUCCUAACGUGGUUACGUUACGUUCGCUUUUGAGUAUGAAAUAUGAAAGUAUGAAGAUAAAAUACUCAUUAAAAUCAUUACAGGAAAAAUGGCAAUCAAUACCUUCGGACCAAAAGUUGGCGUUUCAUAAGGACUGUUUGAAAAAGUUUCCACCAGUUUUAUAUCAGUGGUUUCUUGACAACUUCCCGGAUCCAAUCACAUGGUAUAACGCAAGAAAUGGAUUUGUCAGAUCUUACUCUGUUAUGGCAAUGGUCGGCCAUAUAUUGGGUCUCGGGGAUAGACACUGUGAAAAUAUCCUUUUGGAUGUCUUGACAGGAAGAGUCUUGCAUGUUGAUUUUGACUGUCUUUUCGAGAAGGGUAAAAAGCUUCCUGUUCCAGAAAUUGUUCCAUUCAGAUUGACGCAAAAUAUUACUGACGCAUUUGGUAUUAUUGGAACGGAGGGUACUUUCAAAAAGUCAAGUGAAGUUACUCUAAGAGUCAUGAGAAACAAUGAAAUAGGUCUUGUAAACAUAAUUGAAACUAUUAUGUAUGACAGGAAAAUCGAUGAGUCAAUACAAAACGCCCUUAAAGUUCUUCGAGACAAAAUUAGAGGCAUUGAUGCCCGUGAUGGACUGGCUUUGAGUGUUAGUGGGCAAGUGGAAGCUCUCACUCAAGAAUCAUGUUCGGUGGAAAAUCUAAGUAAAAUGUAUAUCGGUUGGUUGCCUUUUUGGUAA